UUUCAUCUCAUAGCUAGACAGAGCCCAGCUAUGAAAGGCAAGAUCAGAUUAAUGAAGAGACUAAAGUCUAUAACUACCCAUGUGCACAAGGUCACUGGUGGACACGGUAACUACACAGAGGGACUUGCUGGGACUCCAAAGCUCUGACAAGUUGAUGGACAUCAACAGCAAACUGCUUAUCUAAUUCCUCCGCACAUCGGACAAACUGCAGUGCAUAUUGCAUUGUUUGUUUUUUUACUUCUUAAUUAUUUUUUUCGCACAUUUUACGACCUCGAUUCUAUCCACAGACAGAUACACUGUGUCAAUCCUGAUCAGUCUAUCACCAUGGCUGAGGUUGGAGGGUUCCUGGCAUCUCUGGAUUUGGACAUGCACGGAUUUUCCUCUUCCAUUGGGAAUUUACCCUUAGCGGAUUCCCCCGGCUUCCUUAAUGAGAGGCUGGGGCAGAUUGAAGGCAGGCUGCAAAGGGGAUCACCCACUGAUUUUGCCCACCUGAAGGGGAUCCUGAGGAGGAGGCAACUUUAUUGUAGGACUGGAUUCCACCUGGAGAUCUUUCCCAAUGGGACUGUACAUGGUACAAGGCAGGAUCACAGCAGAUUCGGAAUCCUGGAAUUUAUCAGCCUGGCCGUUGGACUUGUUAGCAUACGCGGAGUGGACUCUGGCCUAUACCUGGGCAUGAAUGAGAGGGGAGAACUGUAUGGUUCGAAGAAACUGAACAGGGAAUGUGUUUUCCGCGAGCAGUUUGAAGAGAACUGGUACAACACCUAUGCGUCAACGUUGUAUAAACAUUCGGACUCGGAAAGGCAGUUCUACGUGGCUCUAAACAAGGAUGGUUCUCCAAGAGAUGGAUAUAGGACUAAAAGACACCAAAAGUUCACACACUUCCUACCAAGACCCGUGGAUGACACAAAAAUACCAGUCAUGUAUAGAGACCUGUUUCAUUAUAGGUGAUAAAUGGCCGACUCCUGACACUAAUGUACAUACUUGGGACUCGUACAGUUGCUGGAGUGCUACCUGUGUUAUAGCCCAAUCCUUUUAGAAAGCUGUGAGAGAGCAUGUUUAAAAGGUUGGUGCCUUUAGAGAAAGGGAGAGGGCCUUUUGAGUAUAGACCACUUUUUCUUAUUAAGAAGAUGCUUACAUUUGUAAAUAAUAAGACAAUAGGUACUUUGUACCAUUCUCUACCAACAAACUUUUACCACUGGUUACCAGACUCUGGAACCUGUUAUAAAUAGCCAUUCCUGGCAAGCUAACACCUUCAGUACAGUAGGGGCAUGCGAUGGAUGUUUCUGUAUUUUUGACGCCUCUAUUGCUGAAGGGUGCAGAGAAACAAGAGUAAUGGUACUGUGCUUGAAUGUAGAAGAACAUUAUCACUAUAGGGGGGGAGGGGGGGGAACAUAUAUUUUGUUCAUGCUUUACUAAAAAAAAUGUAAGGGGGGAUUCUUUUUGGAAUCCCCAGCUAAGUAGAAUAUGAACGUUUUGUGUGGAGCAAGGAGCAGGGCUAAUGCUGCGGUGUAUUGACUUUUGAAACUGCCCCCAGGGCUUUUCAAAAACACAAUAAAAAAUAUAAUACAAAAAUCAAAAACUAGGUAAUCUGAGAAUAAACAUAACAUAGGAAUCCACUUCUACAAAUCCAUACUUAAUGACUGUGAAAAAUCACUCCAUUCAUAAGCAACAGCUGAACUCGACUAGAAGAUGUUGGUUGCUGUAAAUUAGAAAUUCAAAAAAAAAAAAAAAAAAGAUUGCGGGAAACUUACAUUUGCCACUUUCC